AUGGGCGUUGUGGGUGCACCGUCCAUCGACACUGUAUAUCGAGCGUCGGUGCAGGGGACGAUUGUGGAGAAGCGCGAAGGAAGAAUGACGAAAGUGUGGAUCGCGCGAGCCGCCAUAAGUACGAAAGUCAGUUUAAACGGUGGAGCGCGUAUGGAGAUGGGCUCGUUGGCACGGAUGAUGGUGUCACAAGGCUGA